CCUGGUCCUGCCUGGUCGUCGCUAGCGCCAGGCCACCAGUGCGAGAUGUAAUUUUGUGUGGAGCAGUUGUGUGGUGUCUCUUUGGACGUUCUUUCACGGGCUUUUGAGAGUGAAUCAGUGUGUUGUGCGGUAGACCCCUUGGAAUAUGUCGGGGGAUGUGCAACCAAGGAAGCGAAAGGAUAAAAAGAAAAAGAAAGAUGAGCCGACGCUGCCGCCGUUCGUGUACGUGAGGGAGGAGGCACCGGCGCCGGCCGCCCGGGAUGGCGGCGGCGGCUCCCCGUCGGCCGCGGCGUCCCCGGACGAGCUCAUCCACAUCUACAAGGAGUCGCGCCUCGGCGGCAACAUCUGCGCCAAGAUCGUCUUCUUCCUGCUGCUCGGCUCCAUCGCCGUCAUGGUCGGGCUCAUCAUCACCGAGCACCGCGGCUCAAACGAAGUGGCGACGGCUUCGGACUCGCCCUGGUCGCAGCUGCUGGAGGGCUGGAUAGACGACUCGCCUCCGGACAAGCACGAUGAUGAGCACGACGUGGCGGCGGACAGCGGCGAACAUGACGAGCACGACGACGACGGCGGGCACGAUGACGAUGAACAUGGCGAUGAACAUGAUGAAGAACAUGACGAUGAACAUGAUGAGGAACACGAUGAGGAACACGAGGAUCAUGAUGAAAGUGACGUGCUAGAACAAGAAUUUAGAGCGAGGGCCGCUCGUAGUGUGGAGUCUGAGUCUAAGGUAAGUGGGGAGGAAGAAGAUGAAGGAGCUGAGGAUGCGAACCAAGAGGAGGAGGAGGAGGAGGAAGAGGAAGAGGAAGAGGAAGACAGAGGAGAGGAGGAGGAUGGAGCUGAUGAGGACAACCAUGAAGACGAGAGACCUGAUAGAGUUACGUCUCAGGAAGAUGAAGAUGAAAAUGAACCUGAGGAACUUGACGGACAAGAUGAUCAAGAGUUAUCUCAGUCUGCAGAAGAGAAUACUCAAUUUACUGCUGAAGAUGAACAAGAUGAUGAUAAUGACAGUGGCGAAGACAAGUUUGUCUUUAAAGAAAUUCCUGGAGUAACAGCAAGUGCUGAAGAUCUAGAGGACACUGGUGAUUUUGAUAGUGCCCAGGGUGAAGUUGAUCAAGAUGAAGAAGAUGAUAUCAAUGAAUCUGCAGGGAAAGGUUCCGAUACUGGGUAUUACAGUGCUUAUGAAGAUAGUGGUGAAGGUGACAAUGAUGAUAUUGGUGAUGCGGAUGGUGAUGAUGAUCGUGAAGAUGAUGAUAGAGAUGAUGCCGAUGGUGAAGAUGACGCUGAUGGUGAUGAUGACACCGAUGGUGAUGAUGAUGAAGGCGAUGAUAUUGAUGGUGAAAUUGAGAAGGAAGACAAUGAAGGUGAUAGUAAUAAUAGUAAUGAUGAGGAAAAUGAAGAAGCUGAAGACAAAAUUAAUUUAUACAGGGAUGAACAAAAUGAAGACAAAAGUAACGAAAGAGAUGACGAUUUCUUUGAUACAAGAGGGAAUCAGGCUCCAGAAAACAAAGACAGUGAAGAGUUGAAGGAGCGUGAAGAAGAUGAUGAUGUUGAUGAAGGUUUUCAUGAACCUGACCAGAAUGAUGAUGAUGACGAUGAUGUUGAUGAUGACAUCUUGAAUGAUAAAGAUGAUAAAGAUGUUAAUGAUGAUGAUGAUGACGAUAAAGAUGAUGUGAAUGACAUUUCAAGAAAUACUGAUGAAUAUGAAGAGAUAGAACAUGAAUUUGACUCUCUAGGUACUAGCCCAAUAUCAGAAAGGACAGAUGUUUCAGCUGAGCAGCAUGAGGAGUCUGAUGAUGACUUUGAUGAAAUCACUGAUGCCCUUGAAAACAUGGAAUCCGAAAAAGCUGAAGAGGAAGCAGAAAGUCUUGAGCCUAUCACGCUGGCGCUUAAAUUUGGUGUUGGAAUUGCUAUCAUCAUUGUGGCCCACGUGGUGUUGGUUAGGAAAUGGAACGAAAGUGAUGAAGCAGGAGCUGCAAACUUGCAACACUCAGCCAUCCCAGCAAGUGCUGUCCCAAGAAGACAAACUUUAAUACCUCCUACUGUGGACCCUUCUAAUCUUAUACCAGAGCCAGAUGAUGUUGAAGAAUACUCUGAUGAGGAGUUUGAUGACGAUGAAGAAGAAGAUCCACUACGCACCAAAAUUGUGAGGCAAGAUCUUGUCCGUAAAUAUGAGAGGAUUUCACCUGAAGCUAGUGAAGAUGAGGAGAUCGAGGAUGAAGAGGACGAAGAUCUAGAGGAGGAUGAAGAUAUAGAAGAGGAAGAGGAGGAAGAGGAGGGACCAGAAGAAGAUUUUGAUAAACGGUACGGCUACAAGCUGGCAGCAGUUCCCACAAAACAAUCUAGUCAAGAAGAGGAUGACGAUGAACUGGAGGAUGAAGAAGAAGAUAUAGAGGAUGAGGAAGAAGAGGUAGAGGAUGAAGAAGGCGAAUAUAUCCCUCAUAUUCAACCUUGGAAAAACAUCAUACAACCACCGCAGGAAUCGGACCCAGAGGUUUCUGAUGGAGAGGAGAUUUCAGGCUCUGAAGAUGAACCAUCUCCUCCUCCAGCAGCUGUAAGGAGAACGGGUGGACCUAAAGAAGUGGAUGAAUUUCUUGAAUGGCCAAUGGGGCCAGAUUACCCACCAGAACAAUCAAACACGCCACCUCUUAGAGCAAAGACCGAUUAUGAUGCAAUGGAGGCUCAGAUAGAAGAGAAUCCUGAAGCAGUCUUGAACAAAGUGAAGAGACUUCUUGAAUCCAGCCCAGAAGAAAUAGCUCUAUUGUCACUUCAAGCUCAGGCCCUAGACAAAUUAGCUGAAAAGAAACGCAGUAAUAAUCUACUGGAAGAUGCAAUAACAAGUUACUUGUCAUUGUUACAAAAGAGGGAUAUUACUGACAAUCUCUUUCUGAAAUUUGCCAACCGCACCAUAAACAGAAUGAGGUUUCGAGGUCAGUAUGGACAUGCUAUAAGUGUCCACAAAAUGUUAAUAAACAGGUUUCCAAAAGAUCCUAGACAUCGCAACGACUUAGCUGUUUCGUACCUCAUGGUUGGAAGAGUUUCUUCAGCCAAGCUCAUGCUGGAAGAGAUACUGCGUUUGUGGCCCUCUGAUGGUUUUGCUCUUGUCCACUACGGAUUUAUCCUCAAGACAAGUGAGAAUGACAAUGAGGCUGGAUCCCAUUUUCUGCAGGCUGGUAUUGAUUCUGGAGAACCUGGCACAAUGGAUGCUCGUUUUCUUUUCCACCUAGGUGAUGCCUACAAUAGGCUGGGGAAGUACAUUCAGGCAGACAAGGUGUAUGAGCUUGGGGUUGAAAAGGGACUGUUUAGGUCAAAGUACCAAAGAUCUUUGUACAAUGUUGAUCGGUUAACAGCACGUCCAUGGUGGUCUCUACAGCAAACGACAUAUGAAAAACAGUUUAGAAAAUUUGAGGAACACUGGAAAGAAAUACGAAAUGAGGCUGUGGCUAUUUUAGAAUCACACGGCAAAACUAGUGCAUUCAAAGAUGAAGUAGAAAAUUUGCGUGAUAAAGGUGUAUGGAAACAACUUGAAUUAUAUGCUAGAGGCCAACAGAUUCCAUCAAAUUGCAAAAGAGCACCUGUCACCUGUCAACUUAUUGCUCAAUUUCCUGCAGCACAUAGUUGUCGAAGAGGCCAGGCAAAAUUUAGUGUUAUGCACCCAAACACUCAUGUAUGGCCUCAUUGUGGGCCUACAAACUGUCGCCUCCGCGCUCAUCUUGGACUGAUUGUACCUCUUGGCACUGAGUUACGAGUUGGAGAAGAGAGAAGAUCAUGGCAGGAAGGGAAAGUGUUUGUAUUUGAUGACAGCUUUGAACAUGAAGUUUGGCACAAUGGAUCCUCAACGCGGCUUGUUUUAAUUAUUGAUAUUUGGCACCCAGAAUUGACUGAACAAGAAAAAAGAUCAUUACCUGCAAUUUAAAAUCUUCUGAUUUUUACCUAUAUUUUUGUAAGAAAAACAGUCUGUUCUGUUGACAAGCUCAAGCUUUAGAAGUGCACAAUAGUUGUACAGGUAUUUUCAAAAGAAGAAAUGUCACAGUACUCUACCAAGUAUUUUUGACUGAAUUUGUAUUUACAAAUAAGUAUAUGAGCACAACCAUUACUAUUUAUAUUUUGCAGCCAUAAGACAUAAAAAUUCAGAACUUCUGGUACUGUACUUUUAUUUGAACUUGAAUAUGCAGGCUGAUCAAUAAAUUGUGACUUUUUGUCUCUCUUUACCACCCUAGGAUCUGCCUGGUUCUGUUUGCUUUUGUUCAAUGCUAGUCUUGACCAAAAACACUCUUUUUGAUAUGUAUGUGUUUUCUAGGAGUACAUAAUUAUCUAUCUGUGUUUGUGAUUUGUUUAUAGUACAGUAUUUAUUGAGGUUUAUUUUUUACUCUUGACAUAUACAAAUUAUUUUUUUUCCCCUUUUCCCUACUUACUUUUGUUUAUAGAUAGUCAAGGUAGGCUGAGUUGAAGUCUCCCAUUACUUUCUGGGAAUUACUGGUUGUGCAGAUCCUGUAGUGUGAUAACCUGUGAUAUAUGUUGUGAAUCUUAUUUUUUUCAAAUAGCACUGGUUAGCAUAAAUAACACUGCACAAGGCCAUUUUUUACGCUACAGGCAAUUCAACCAGGCAAUUAUUUUUAGCUGUGUAAGGUUUUUUUUUGAAAUGUUCAAAGUCAACUUGAUAACAUUAGAAUUUAGUUCUGGAGAGUUUUAUUAACAAUGUUUAUCAUGCAGCUAUUGAACCAAUAGUUUUUGUUUUAAUGGUAUUAGAAAUCAUAUCAAAUGGAGAUCCUUCUUGUGUGUACUCCCAAUAAGUAGCCAGUCACUUACGUGACAAAAGAAAGCAUGAUUUUUUAAAAAAAACAACAAAAUAAUCACUGUGGUACAAGUUAAUUCUUUUGACUGGUGUGAAAAUUAAAUAGUGAGUAUUUGAGUGAGUGUGCAAAUGAAAUGAAUCCAGUUGUAUUUAGUCUGAAAUUGUAACAGAUGAGUUAUUUACAUAUUGUCUUUUGCCAGAUUUUAAGUGCCUUUGAUUUAAGUUGACAUGGAGUCUCAAAUUCAUGUGUAUUAAAAAUGGAAUUGCUCUAUUUCUAAAAAUCAUUCUGUUGAGCAAAGAUUUUUUUUUUAUUGUAUAAUAAAAUAAAAUAUUUGAAUGUUUUUUUUAAA